AACACGCGCCAACGUUUUAAUGGUCCUCCAAGAUGUUAAUAUAUAACUAAGACGUAGACGGCGUACGAUAAUAAUAAUAAUAAUAAUAAUAAUAGUAAAAAUAAUGAUAUUAUACCAAACAACGAUUAACGGAACACCGCAGUGAACGCAAUCAGACGUUUCUAUUCGAUUGUCUUUUACGUUAAAAUGCUGGCAAAAGUCCUAAUUGUGUGUUUGGGGAUCUUGUCAGUGGGCCACGCCUGCGACGAUAAUAACUUGCAGCCUUUGGAAACUGCCAAAGACUCGACGAAAUGGAUGCACGAUGGCUUCCAAAUAUCCAUAUUUGGCAACCCGGACAAAUACAUACCACAUUCCAUGUACAUUGCAACUAUCGAAAGUGAAAAUUUGGAUUAUUUUCAUUCGUUUUUGAUAACUGCGGAACGCGAUUGCCUCAGUAAGAUUAGCGAAGAUUGUGGCGAUCCCGCAUCACCGGACCGCUCAGGUUCACUUCAAAUACUUUCGUUUGAUGACGGUGCGACAUUCCAUCCAGAUUGCGUAAACACCAUCGUCCAGUCUGAACCGGUAGUCAAACUACAAAAGUUACGUUUCGUGUGGUCAGCACCAAAAACAGGAAGCGGUUGUGUGUACCUAAGGGCUUUGAUAACCUAUGAAAACGGCUACAAUAAAUAUCAGAAAACUGAACUGUUAAAGGAACUAUGUGAGAUGUCUUUCGAUACUGUUACAAAGUCAAACGCACCGGCUGACACCGAAAGUUGUUGUGCAUGUGACGAAGCAGUUUAUGAGAUGAAAUUUGAAGGACUUUGGUCACCCGAAACCCAUCCGAAAGAUUUCCCAAGUGCUUUGUGGCUUACUCACUUCAGUGACAUAAUUGGAGCAACACACGAUAAGAACUAUUCUUUUUGGGCUGAAGGCCAAUGGGCUACUGACGGUGUUAGACAGUUGGCCGAAUGGGGUUCAACAGCUAUUUUGGAAUCCGAACUAAGGCAGCAGAAAAAACAUUUGAGAACUUUGAUCAAAGCCGCUGGUCUAUGGCAUCCACGAGUAAACGCUAACGCCACGUCUAAAUUCCGAGUGGACAAGAAACAUCAUUACAUCUCAUUGGCUUCUAUGCUCGGUCCUUCCCCUGAUUGGAUAGUAGGUAUCAACGGUCAUAAUUUAUGUGAAAAGAAUUGUCAGUGGGUUCAAAACCGAACUAUAGACUUGUACGUCUACGACGUUGGAACAGACAGCGGACGCACAUAUAUGUCACACAAUCAAGAAACUCUACCACAUGAACGCAUUUUUCGUAUCACUCCGAUGUAUCCAGACGAUCCAAGAUCACCUUUUUUCAACGAAAAUGGCAACGAGAUGGCUCCUUUAGCUCGCUUACAUCUGAACAGAAUCAACCUCAUACCGAAGUCUUGUUCCGACAAGAUUAUAACAGAUUUAAUGGACGAACUCUCAGUGUCAGAGAACUCACAAGAUAUAUUAAGGCCUGAAUGCGCUGUAUCGAAAUACUCUGAAUGGACCAAGUGCAACGUGGCUUGUGGCAAAGGUCUCAGAUCGAGGAACAGAAACUAUUUAAAUGAGACCGCUGCUCAACAGUUUGGUUGCGACAGACAAUUGGUGUCGAAAGAAAUGUGCCUGUCUUCGGUGCCCAUUUGCCCUGGUGAGACAGAACAGGAAGACGACAGCCUACUAAUAGACGAUGCUAAAUGCAACACCACGGAAUGGACACCGAUGUCUGAAUGUUCAGUGUCAUGUGGAAUAGGAUUCAUGUUCCGCACCAGACAAUUUUUAGAUCACACGAGUUACAAAAAGUGUCGCCACAUCGGACUUGUCAUGAAAAAGAAAUGCAUGCAACCAGCUUGCAAUAAAGUAGCUGAACAGUCUUCUUUCACUAGCAUGUGCCCGGUAACCGAAUGGAGCAUGUGGAGUCCGUGCAACGUAACUUGUGGCCAAGGAUUGUCGAUCAAGUCUCGGUUGUUGCUCGUGUCAGGUGAAAACUACACAAAAUGUAUCGAUAAAGUCGUGCUAGAGGAAACUCGAACAUGUAACGGGACGCGGCCCACCUGCGAAAUAAACUCGUCUCUCGCAAAAGAAAUAUGUAGCAUGGACAAAAAUGAAGGAGCUUGUAACGUGAACGCUGUGCGUUAUUAUUACGAUAAAGCAUUUAAGACUUGUAAACAGUUCAAAUACGGCGGAUGCCGGGGCAAUGAAAAUAAUUUUAAAAGUGCCAAAGAAUGCUAUAAAGUUUGCCACGGUGUGGUAUGAAGAAAUUACGUAGCUACUUCAAUAAUAAGUAUCGUUAGGUAGUAGAGUUAUAAGAUACAUAAUUAUAAUGCAUCAAUAUAUUAUAUAUUUUUAAUAUGUGUGUACAAUAGGACAGAAUAGGCGAAACUUAUAUCUUAUACGUACACUUAUUUAACUUGGCGAUCAUAAUUAACCAACAUUUGACUGUAGAACCGUGAUUAUAUAUUAUUUCCUUGAGUUGUGCAAUUUGUUUAAAAACCGUUCGUGUAUUUGUACGUCAUCAGAACCAUUCAUUUUGUAUUCAUAUAACAUUUUUAUUGUUUAUUACUAUUGAAAAAUAAAAACAUUUUAUUCAUA